AUGAGGAGCGCACUGCCAUCAACACGCGCCGCCGAGAGCUCCAAGCCAAUCGCACCCCCGCACGGCGUGCCCGUGACGAAGAACAACCAGAGCCGCGACAAGCCCAAGCCAGCACAACCACAGAGGAGGAAGCGUGCAAAGGAUGAUCUCGAUAACCAAAAACGCAACGCGCGUCGCGCCAACUGGAGCCCGACUCGUAGGACGGCAGAAGUGGCCAAGGAGAAAGAGCGCCAGAAACGCCAUGAAGACAAGCAACCCGCUGGCACCUCCUACCACCAGAACUAUUGGGCGAGCAAGACUCCCGAGGAGCGCAAGGCUCGCAACGCCAAAAUCCGUGCGUGCCAGAUUGCUCGCGAGGCGAAAUGGACUCCCGAGCGCAGGGCUGAGGAAGCCAGAAAGAGGCAGGCGUACAAGUUGAAGUACAAGUUGAAGAAGAAGGAGGAGAAAAAGAAAGAGAAGGCCGAGAAGGAUGAAGAGGACCAGGACAGUGCCCCCGCAAAAAAACCUAAAAAGUAG